CCUCCCACGAACAAUCGGGGUUAUAAACGUAAAACUGAAACUUUCGAUUCGACUCUCGGAUGAUGAUGAUGAUGAUGAUGAUGAUCUCUGGUAGGGAUAAUAUCCAAAACAAACAUUAACGUCAAAGCAGCAGCAGCAGCAGCAGCACCAAGCUCUAUCGAUUUGAGGUGGAUCAAAAGAUCUAAUCUCCCAUUCACCAGCUGCUCUAUCUUUCGCUCCUCCAUUCUUCAGACCAGGUGUGAAGCUACUUGCAGAACAUGUCCCAGUACCAAGGGGAUGAUGACGAGAUCUAUUAUGUGGCGGAUGAUUAUGAAAUGGCUGAAGUAGAUGAUGAUAUGUAUUUCCAGGCUAGAUUUAUGGGUGAUUCGGAGUCUGAUGAUGAUGAUUAUGAUCAUUUGGAUAAUAAGAUAACAGAUACGACUGCUGCUGAUGCUAGGAGGGGAAAGGAUAUCCAGGGAAUUCCCUGGGAGAGGUUGAGCAUUUCUCGUGAGAAGUAUAGGCAAACUAGACUAGAGCAGUACAAGAAUUAUGAAAACAUACCUCAAUCAGGAGAAGGUUCAGAGAAGGAAUGCAAGCCUACAAAAAAAGGAGGCAUUUAUUAUGAGUUCUGGCGAAACACAAGAUCUGUGAAAUCAACAAUCCUUCAUUUCCAAUUGCGGAAUUUGGUUUGGGCAACAUCAAAGCAUGAUGUCUACCUCAUGUCACAUUUCUCUAUUGUUCAUUGGUCUUCCUUAAAUUGCAAGAGAACUGAAGUUCUUGAUGUGUCAGGGCAUGUGGCGCCACGCGAGAAACAUCCUGGGAGCUUGUUGGAAGGAUUUACACAGACUCAAGUUAGUACACUUUCAGUAAGAGAUAAUUUGUUGAUUGCUGGAGGAUUUCAAGGAGAGCUUAUUUGUAAGUACUUAGAUCGACCAGGAGUUUGCUUUUGUUCCAGGACAACAUAUGACGAUAAUGCAAUCACAAACGCUGUUGAGAUUUAUGAUUGUCCCAGUGGUGCAGUUCAUUUCAUGGCAUCAAAUAAUGACUGUGGAGUUAGGGACUUUGAUAUGGAGAGAUUUCAACUUUCAAAGCAUUUCUGCUUUACUUGGCCUGUGAAUCACACUUCUUUGAGUCCUGAUGGCAAGCUUCUUGUCAUUGUUGGUGACAACCCAGAUGGGUUACUGGUGGAUUCUCAAACAGGAAAGACUGUCAUGCCUUUAUGUGGACACUUGGACUUUUCAUUUGCAUCUGCAUGGCAUCCUGGUGGCCACAUCUUUGCCACAGGGAACCAAGACAAGACUUGUCGAGUGUGGGAUGUGAGGAAUUUAUCAAAGUCUGUGGCUGUGCUCAAGGGGAAUCUGGGAGCUAUUAGAUCAAUUCGUUUCUCGUCUGAUGGGCAGUUCAUGGCGACAGCAGAGCCAGCCGACUUCGUGCAUGUCUAUGAUGCAAAGAACGGGUUUGAGAAAGAGCAGGAGAUCGAUUUUUUUGGUGAGAUCUCUGGUGUCUCUUUUAGCCCUGACACAGAAUCCCUCUUCAUUGGAGUGUGGGAUCGCACCUAUGGAAGCCUCUUUCAGUACAACCGAUGCAGGAAUUAUACAUAUCUUGACACCCUUAUGUGAAUUUAUACUUGUAUACCUUCUGGUGAGUUUAUACCUGCAGUUUAUAUACAUUUUUCAUGGAAUGUGAGAGGAUGAUGAGUCUGACAUUUCAUAUACUUGAAAAAGGUUACGUAUUUCUUGUUUCUUUGUUGUAACGUCAUGUUAUUGAACUUGGUUUCAAAUAAUGCUGCCACAUUUAGGUUAACAAAAAAGAAAAAAAAUAACAGGGUUGUAGUGGGUGGGAAGGAGGGUUUGAGCAGUUCAAAAAGGUGUGUAAAAUAAUGGAGAAUGUAAAAAGGCUUUGAAGUGUAUCUGUGUAGCAAAACUCAAGUUAACCGUGCAUAAUACCACGAGUAAAACUAGAUUUGCAAAUUUA